AUGGCGGGGAAGGGAAGGGACAGAGACUGCGUUGAGGAAAAUGUGCUGUCAUCGCUUCCGUUGAAGCUCCGUAAUCGUCUUAUGGAUUUUCAAAAAGAAGGGAUCUGUUUUGCAGUUCGAAAGAAUGGAAGAUGCUUGAUAGCAGAUGAGAUGGGACUUGGUAAGACUUUACAGGCUAUUUCAGUGGCAUACUACUACAGGAAAGAAUGGCCAUUGCUGAUUAUUGUGCCAUCCUCACUGAAGUUUGUGUGGAUAGAAGAGAUAGAAAAAUGGCUUCCUGAUGUCAAACCAAAAGAUAUAUACCUCAUACAGACAGGUAACGAUGCGAGUGGAUUUGCAGAAGCCAAAAUCUCCAUUACUACUUUCGGAUUGCUGUGCAAGUCAACCAGUAAAUUACUUCAGGAAGCACUAAAUAAUCGGAAGUUCCAGGUUGUGAUCGUUGAUGAAUCUCACUCCAUACGCAACAUCAAAACAGCCUCCUGUAAAGCUGUAGUCCCAUUAGUCAAGUCUGCCAACCGCCGCAUUCUGUUAUCUGGGACACCAUCGCUGGCCAGACCUGUGGAGUUGUUCCCGCAAAUUGAUGCCCUUUGUCCAGGAAAGUUUGGCACAUGGUGGAACUACACAGCCAGAUAUUGUGAUGCUAAAACAGAGAUGUUUGGACGGGUCAGACGUCGAUGUGUCAAUGGAGCAAGUAACUUGGAGGAACUGGCAGAGCGCCUUUCUGAUAUGCUGAUGAUCCGGCGAUUAAAGAAUGAUGUUCUUACACAGCUGCCACCCAAACAGAGACAGCGUGUUCUGUUCCAACUGAAGGACUCUGAGAUAAAAACAGAAAUUAAGAAAACUUUUGAAGAACUGAAGCCUUUGUUGACCAAAGGUAAAAACACUGCUGACAUGAUGAAUGCCAUGCAGCAUGAAGGAAGGGAAGAUCAUUCUACUAAUGCUCUCAUACAGAAACUCUACCAACUGAGUGGAGAUGCAAAGAUCGGACCAGCCCGAGAGUAUAUUGAGAUGUUGUGUGACAAUGAAAACCUUAAGUUCCUUGUGUUUGCAUACCACCGUAACAUGAUGAAUGGAUUACAGCAGUCCUUGUACAACAAGAAAAUCAAGUUUAUCAGGAUUGAUGGGGAGACACCUACCUCAGAGAGACAGAUGUAUGUUCAGCAGUUUCAGUCUGACCCAGAGACCAAGGUUGCUAUACUGAGUAUCCUGGCUGCAGGUGUGGGGUUGACCUUCACUGCAGCUACCCUGGUUGUAUUUGCGGAGAUGUACUGGACACCAGGCGUAAUGAUUCAGUGUGAGGACCGUGCUCAUCGCAUUGGUCAGACAGUGUGUGUAUCCAUUCACUACUUGGUUGCCAAGGAGACCAUGGAUGAGUGGGUCUGGUCAGCUGUUUGCAAAAAGACAAUCAUUACUACCACCACACUGAAUGGUAAGAAGCAGGAGCUAGCUGCUGACAAGGGGAAUCGCUACCAGAUUGAGGUUUUGUCUAAUGCUGAUGCUGUUCUUCCACAACCUACCAAGGAUGUUGACCUGGCGGGCAUGUUUGUAUCACAGCAGCCUAAAGAUCAAAUGUCCAUUUUGGAUUUCAUGACUUCUGGUAAAAAAAGAAAAAUAUCAGAUCAGGAUAGGAAUUGUAAACGUAAGAAGACAGUCACUACUGUAGAUGAUGCUGAUGAUCUCGUGGAAGAGACUGCAAUUGUAAUAGAGGAUGAAACCUCAGAAGAAGAGGAGGACAAGUCCAUGGUAGAGGGGGACAAACCUGUAGUAGAUGAUGAUAAGCUGACAGAUGAGGAGGAGGAUGACAACUUAUCUGAUGACUGUUUACAUGACAUCAGUCUCCAUCGUUCAAGAAAACGAGAAAAUUCACAUAACAAGACUUCUGAUAAAAAGCAAAAUAUUCCUGCUAGAAAAGAAACGAAUGACAAUGACUACUCAGCUAAAACACCAACAAAUCAUUUGAGGAGACUUGGAAAUUCUUUUUUAAAUUCAGGCUCUCAAGUGGAAGAUAUUUCUGUAACGAUUCAAAAUGGACAUGAGGAUGAUGAUUUUACACCUCAACCAUGGAGGAAAACUGGUAGGAAAACUAUAAAUGAAAGAAAAACUGUUUCUACAACAAAAAAACAUAACAGUGGCAGCAUUAGACAUAGUAAAACACUAAGAAGGAGGUUGAGUCUGCCUCAGACAAACACUAACCCUGCAAGGGAAUCAGAUGAAGGCAGUACUAUGAUGUGGACCUGCUCAGUUUGUACUUUCAUUAACCAUGUUGAUUUACCAUACUGUGAAAUGUGCAAUGAGUUGAGGACAAAAGCAGUGGAUACAUGGGAAUAUGGAAGGUUAGAGAACAAUGCAGCAGAUUCUCCUUCGGCACAGACAAAAUCCAAGGACAUUCAUAGCUCGUCUGGUUCACAGGUUCAUGUAAGUGAAACUCCAGGGUCAUGUGGUUUAAAAAAAUCACUGAAGAGUUGGCAGUGUGAAGAAGAAACAUCAGUUAUGUUAAAUUCUAAAAGGAAAAACCAGAGUGAUAAAUGUGUUCUAAAGCAGUGUGAGAAAUCAAGUCUCACAAACCAGUGCGAGAAAUCAAGUCUCACAAACCAGUGCGAGAAAUCAAGUCUCACAAACCAGUGCGAGAAAUCAAGUCUCACAAACCAUCUAUCAAUUCUAACCUUAACCUCUAUGACAAAGACAUUGGGUGACCACGAGGAUGUGACAUCGAAAAUGACAAGCAAGGAUGGAAGUGAAUCUGAUGGUACACAAAAUAUGGAUGAUAUAUCUUCAUUUUCCUCCGAAUCAGACAACAUCAAUGGUGAUAUAGAGGAUACCGUCUGUGAUUCUGAUGAAAGUGAACUGGACAUUGGAUCUCAAUUUGAUCUGGAUUUUGUAUCAGAAUUUGACCUUGAUGAUACUGAAUCCCAAUGUGACCCAAAUACAUUUAAUAAUACCAAUUCAAAUGUUGAUACUUCUAACAAGAAAGUGAAGGACAGGGGGGAAAAAAUUGAAAAAGAGAAGAAAAGGGAAAAGGAAGAAGGAGAAAUAGAAGAUGUGAUAGAGGACAUGUUUGAGGAUGACUGGGAGGAGGAAGUUAUGUCACAGUAUAACUCACAAGGAAAAUCAGCAGAAGUUUCUUGUUCAAAGACUAAUGUUCGCAUAGUUGACUUAGACAUGGUGACCAUCCACACUCAUCUGAUGUACUGUUGCAGCAGGUACACUGGACGUGUUUAUUUGUUUGAUUCAGAAGGUUUGUCUCUGGAAGCUAACUUUCUGCCUUUGGACAUAGAGCUUGGUAACCAGGAUGCCCUGCCUGAUCUCCUUCUUCACCCUGAUAACCUCAGACUUGUGGAGAGGUUUGUCCGAGAGUGGAACAGCCUUACAGAAACUAAGCGUAGACUGAUUAUGAAGAGUGGUAUCAAGUUUACUAGUCCACUCAGAGCUUAUGAGGAUUUACGCAGCGGUAAGACACACUGCUCCCAGCGACACAUCAGUAAGGAUGAUUUGGCAAUCAGAGCUAUAACCAAGGCACAGGAAGUAAAGGGAUCGACACGAGUCAUUAGCAGACCUGAGGUCAAAGGUCAAAGUUUGGUCAUAUGUGAUGAGACAGCUGCCCAAUCACGAGGCUUUGUACAAGUGGUGAGUGGAGAUGGUACUCCUCUAUGUCUACACUGCUGCAAACCAUACCAGAACAAACUGUUGGAACAGGAUUCUAUAAACAGUACAGAGCAUGCCUGGUCUACACGGUUAUGUUCUCGCUCAUGCAUGGACGCCUACUGGAUGAAGACAAAUUCCCAGUAUGGUCGAGACCGUCUGUAUGAAGUUGAACAUGGCCGCUGUCAGUUGUGCGACUUUGAAGCUCAUGCAUUCUUUAGACAGAUCAGAGAUAACCCAGAUUUGAAACAGAGAGCAGAGCUGAUCAAUGAGAGCAAAUAUCAUGUUCUUUCAGCAAGACAGCGGGAACAGAUGGUCAGACACCCAGCUGCUGGCCAGUUUUGGCAUGCUGACCACAUCCGGCCGGUCUGGGAAGGUGGAGGAGAAUGCGAUAUUGACAACCUCCGUACUCUGUGUGUAAUUUGUCACCAGAAGGUCACUGCAGAACAGGCUAGGAAACGAGCGAACAUCAGGAAGCUUGGUCCAGCAACAGGAGACAUCACCAUGUUCUUUAAACCUCUUAAGUACUCUUCAUGA